CAUGAUGAUUUCGAGCCAGCUCCCCAGGCUGCCAGGCCUGAUUAGCAGUAUUGGAAUACGGUAAUAUCUAGCAUAAAAAAUUGAUUUAUUCAAAAUAUUAGCAUACAGUCAAAGUAUUAUUUGUCGUUGAUUAAUUACGAUAAAGUGAGUAUUGAAAAUCAACUCCAGAUCCAGUUUGUUCGUUGACGUUGCCAGUAGACUACAUUGCGUUCCUUACCUGGUUAACAACAUCGAUGAUUCAAAAUAAUGUACACCGUCAAGUGCUGUGGCGUAAAGUUUAAACCUGCAACAUUGCUCGUGACAUAUGUUGACAACUCAACAAAAAAACAAAGGUGUAGAUCCAUACCGAUAAAAAAAUUGAAAGAAAGCACAAAUGUUGCAAGGAUUGCCGAAGACUUGAAAUCUACUCAGAGACACAGAACGUUACUAAACACUGUAUCACAAGCCCAACUAGAAAGACUCCUUAUAACUAUUCAAGGCCAUAUGAAAGGAAAUACACUCGAGCAAUCACUUCAAGAAGCAAAGACAAAACUUUCCGUUGAUCCGGAGAAAGACUUGAAUUUGCUUGGGACACGGGAGAUUGAACGAGCCAAAUUAAUCAUGAAUGAAAGUUUUGAAAGCCAUAGAAUAAAACCUGAAGAUCCAGGAUUUCAGUAUGACAUCGAAGUUGAUUUUGGAAACAAUGAUGAUGAAAGAAGUUGUGAAUGGGAUUCCGAUGACCAGGAAGAAUUUUGACCAUAUUUGUUCAUCUCAUUCACCUUGAUAUUAUUUAAUAGUACUUUUAAUAUAUAUUUGAGUCUAUUGAUUUGUUCAGCCAUGUCAGACUACCGUUUAUAACUGCCUCCACUGUCAAUAUAUUUAGUGACUGCUGUAAGAUGUAUAUUUUGCAUACAAAUCUUUUAUGCAAGUAAGAGAUUCAAUGACGGAAUUGUAUCAUGGCUAACGCUGACAGAAAUCACUUCCACGACUCAAGAAAAUAUACCUUUUUAUGUGAAUAAAGUUUGUCAAAAUUCAGCCCUAGUCUAACAUGAGAAAAUUUCCACACCAAUUUUCUUCAAUUUUUGAGGUAACUGUGGAAAACUCAGUGAUUGUACUUAUUAUUCGUUAGACUUGGGAUUCAACUUAUCCGUACAGACACCUAAUUUUCUGAGCGUAUUUCAGUCUUAUUUUUUGUGUAUUUAUCCUUCAACCGACUUCCUUCAUAUGAAUCUGUUGCAAUAUUUGUUACCUCUGAGAUGUGUCACAAAACACAUGGAUGAUAACCAGUACAAGCUAUUUUUCAGGCUGUUUACAGCUGGCGGUAUUGUUUUUUAUAAAAUUGUCAAGUAUUUUGGUAAUUAUGUUUUUUCAACCGGUAUAGUUCCUUCUUUUUCGGCUGGAGUACUGUUUAAACAUCAAUGUUUUAUGGGGCCUCCUGAAGUAUGCGCACCAAGAUGGCGCACAACCUGAACUCUGGUUGUGUACCAAGUUAGGGUUCAGGUUGUGCGACAUCUUGGUGGGCAUAUUUCAGAAGUGCCGUUUUAUGGGUACCCCAAGGAAUUGUUAUAUUUGUAACCUAACCCCUCAUUGUAUAUUUAAAUAUAGGAACUGUUUUCAAUCUUUGAUUGUGUUGAGUUUUAUAUGAAAUGAAUAUAUGUUUUAGUACAUUGA